AUGAAUGGUAAACAAAAUUUGAGACUAAAAGCUUUGCUGUUAGCAAUCGAAGGAAAAAAAAGAAUAAAAGCAAACAUAAAGAAGAAAAAAAAUAAAAGAAGUUUAUCCUUCCAGCCUGUUCCACUUUGUCUUAAAUUUGAAAUUAUUUUCAUUACGGUGGAGAAUGCUUUUCAGUUCUGGUGUAACGUUACAACUCCUCCUUUCCUAUGUCUCGUUGUCGGUGGUAGUUACAAUGAAAAGCUGCAUAUAGCGAGAGAAAUGAAGCUCGACAACACGUCCUCGAUGUUAAUAAAACAUUUUUUAGCAUCUCGUUUUGCUCUAUGUUUAAAACACACGAUAGAUAUGACAAAUUCAUAA